AUGGCGGCUGUGGCUAAUCUGGCAAACACUAUGGAGGCUAAUGCUGCUGUGACUCUACAAGCUGUGCGGAGAUUGGGCCAACUUGCCAGAAACGGAAAUGGGAAUGGUGAAGGGAAUGCUCAUGAUAAUGCUGAGGGAAACGGCGAUAAUGCGGGAGGUGUUCCGAUGACCUUGGCGACGUUCCUCAAGGUUCAUCCGCCAAUUUUCCGAGGCUCAACUACUCUAACAGAAGCAGACAACUGGUUCCAGGCCAUGGAGUGUGCUUUACAGGUGCAGCACGUUCCGAAUAAUCAGUAUGUUGAAUUUGCUGCUUAUCAGCUGGCGAGAGAGGCCCAGCAGUGGUGGCAAGCAGAGUGUCGCUUGCUACAGCUCCAGAACGCUGAUGUCCCUUGGGAUGUAUUUCAGACGGCCUUCUACAAAAAAUAUUUCUCUGAGUCUACAAGGGAAACAAAGAAAAUGGAACUUAUGCAGCUGAAGCAAGGUUUCCUUUUUGUGGCAGACUACACAAGCAAGUUUGAGGAACUCUGUAGGUUUUAUAGGGUAUGUCAGGGUGCCCCGGAGACUUAUGAGAGUUGUAAGUGUAUUAAAUAUCAAAGGGGGCUGAAGGACAACAUUAUGACUGCUUUGGCUCUUAUGGAGAUCCGUACUUUUUCUGAUUUGGUGAACAAAGCAAGGGUGGUGGAGGAGUAUGCCAAGACUAUAGCUGCAUCCAAGGACACUCAUGGAGGAAGUUCUAGUCGGAGACAUGGCAAGUAUUUCCAUCUGAGGGGUCAAAGCUUCAAGACAGGAGGAUAUGCGCCUCAAGGUGGAUGUUUCAACUGUGGCUUGCCUAGUCAUAUUACGAGGAAUUGCACUCGUGGGAAGAAUUCGAAUGCGGGUCAAGGUCAGCAUCAUGGUCGAGUCUUUGCUGUGAACGCCAAGGAUGCUUCCAAGGCGGAUCCGUUGAUAAGAGGUAUAUGUUUAAUUGGUGAUAAAACAUUAAUUGCAUUGUAUGAUACUGGAGCACUGUAUUCAUUCAUUUUGUUUGCUCAGGUUGAGGAACUAAGCUUGAAAAUGUCAGAGUUAGCUUUUGAUCUGUAUGUACAUACUCCGCAUCAGACGGUUAUAACUAAGUCAGGGUGUAGGCAAAAUCGAGUGUUGUUGGAUUGCUUUGAGCGGUCAAUUAAUUUUAUGCCAGAAGGAGAAAAGGGAGCAGUGAUAGCUGAGGGCUAUUACUUGAACUCUGUAAUGGUGUACUAUAGUAGAGAGGAGUGUCGGGGUUAUAUCUUAUUAGCUGCUAAUGCGUUGGGUGAUGCCCAGAACUUGGAUCAGAUUCCGGUGGUAAGAGACUUUCCUGAGGUAUUCUCGGAAGAUAUUCUUGAGUUUUCACCUCAUAGGGAAAUUGAGUUCGCGAUUGAAUUGGUGCCGGGAGCCGGACCAGUGUCGAUUGCGCCGUACAGCAUGGCUCCGACAGAGCUGGCAGAAUUAAAGACUCAGUUGGAAGAGCUUUUGAAUAAAUGGUUCAUUCAACCAAGAGUAUCACUGUAG